AGAGUGCUCGUUUAGCUAGAAGUGAGAAAAGAAAUGUCUAACGCAGGACAGUCACCAUCGAUGCAAACGACGCCAUCGCUCAACUCACCAGUUUCCAUCAAUGCGGCCUUUGACGACUGGCAGAAUAAGGCUAUCAGCAAGAUUUUGAACGUCACUUUGAAUGCCAAAAAUAUGGAGCAGGCUGUCUAUUUGUCGGGUUUGGAUAACGAACUUUACGAGGAAUUGGGCGACUCCGUUGCAAAACCAUACAACAUCACUAAAGAUACACUUGAUCGAGCCUUGGUCGCACGCCUUUCCAUUGAUCCACAAGAGCUAAAUCCAAACGAUGCAAGCUUAUCGGCGUUCGGUCGCAAGGAGAUCCUUCUUCCACACUUCGAGUACCUGCUUCAAUCUUGGUCCAGAGCUCAAGAUAUCAGAAGAAAUUUGAUAGCGCGAAGCAAAAAUAUCGAUGCCAAAACCCUUCAACAAAGAAUUGCUGUGAUUGACAGUGCUAAAGAUCUACUUGUCUCAUAUGCCGGCUUAGUCACGCAGAUGCCAGGCAUGUUUCCUCAGAGCUCUGAAACUAAAGAGGGCACGGAAUUGCUGAAGGAGAAGCUUUUGGUGGGAAUAGAUAAUGGGAAUGGGUUGCCCUCAGAAUAUGUGGAUGCAAUGAUUGCUCGUUUUGACGGCGAUGGGCUGGAAGGGAUUUUUGGCCCCCCAUUACUAUCUAUUUCUCGAGAUCUCACGAAUAUGACCAUAUUGGAUGAAUUUCUGGCGCCGAUGAGGGUUCUUGCUCAGGUGACUCUUUACAAACCUAUCGCCAGUAUGUUACCAUUGCUUGAUGAAUUCGACCCUGAAAAUGCUGUGGCGAACAAUAUUGAGGUUGUUUCCUUGCUUGGACCUUUCUUUAGACUUUCUGGUUUUCCGGAUGUAGCUCCAAAAGUUGCCGAAUCCUAUUUCAAAAACCCUGAAACUAGGACUGGUGCGGAUAUAGAAUCGACCGUCAACACUGUGAGAUCCACUGUACAUAGCAUUCGAAUUUCUGUACAUCAAAUUAUGAACAAUAUGGUGCGAGCGUCCCCUGAGACAAGACAACAGCUUAUUAAUUAUCUUCAACACAUCAUCCAACUUAAUUUGAAACGCGCUCAAAUGAGAGUUGACAAAACACAGGUGUCCUCAGAUGGUCUUUUGAGCAAUAUUACCCAAGGGUUACUCAACCUAUGUGAUCCGUUUCUCGACUUUAGAGCCAGCAAGAUCGAUAAGGUUGAAAUCGACCAUAUCUUUGGCAGCGAUUGGCUCAAUCUCAAAGAAGAAACGCUGCUCAAUGCUGCAAAGCCAGAAUCAGACGAAUUUUACGACAAGAAGCUGUCAGAAAAGAAAGGCUCAAAUUUCAUUACUCAAGUAUUCACCCUUACCUUGGCCUAUUUACACUACGGUCCCAUCAAAUCCUUUUCGGACUAUCAAGAACAAGUAAAGGCUUGUGCUGACUUCAAACAGGAGUUGGAGGACUAUGAAAGAAAUCAAAUGAACGAUCCCGUCAAUGCUCCCAUGGCUAAUAUCAUUUUGCAGCGAGGAAAGAACAAAUUGACCAGUAUGGAGUCGAACAAACUAGCCAUGGAGGCUAUGGUGCUCGACAAGGAUUUUCUAUCUCACACCAUGAGAUUUUAUAACUUCGUCAUGAGCUGGAUGGUUCGAUUGGUGGAUCCAAAGGGCAAGCACCCUUGGGAGACAGUCAGUCUUCCCUUACCGAAAGAUGUACCAGUACCGUUCUCCAUGCUCCCUGAAUGGAUUGUGCAAGACAUUGUUGAUUUUUUUGUCUUCCUUGGAAAGCAAGCAUAUCAUCAUCGAAUCUUAAAGUCAAAUUCCCAAGCAGAAUUGAUUACCUUCAUCAUCACAUUCCUAUCGAAUGGCCAGUAUAUCAAAAAUCCAUAUUUGAAGGCAAAGCUUGUAGAGAUUCUGUGCUACUUCACAUACCCCAUUGGACAAGGAAUUCCUGGUGACCUUGAAGACGCCCUGCACUCUCAGCAGAUAUCAUUGAAGUACUUGAUGCCGGCAAUGUUAAAUUUGUUUGUUGAGGUGGAGCAAACUGGAGCAAGUUCUCAAUUUUACGACAAGUUCAACAUUCGUUACAACAUCAGUGAAGUCAUGAAAAACCUGUGGAGCAACCAAUCGCAUAGAGAUAGUUUGCGAAAAUCCACUGCGAACCACGAACUUUUCAUUCAAUUUGCCAAUAUGCUGAUGAGUGACGUAACAUACCUACUCGAUGAAAGCUUGACUCGUUUAACCGAAAUUAAAGGUUUGGAAGAUGAGUUGGGGCACCCUUCACCUGAACUUGCGGCGAAUCCUCAAUUGCUAAGAGAGCGUCAAGCGACUUUGACUGGUAACGAAAGGCAAGCACGAUUUUAUGUCACUAUGGGCAACUCAACAGUGCAUAUGCUGGAAUACCUUACAAAGGAAAUUCCUGAACCUUUCAUGGCUGGAGAAAUUGUCGACCGCUUAGCUGCCAUGUUGGAUUAUAACUUGUCACAACUGGUGGGACCAAAAUGCACAGAACUGAAGGUCAAAAAUCGGGAGAAAUAUCACUUUGCACCACGAACUCUGCUUGCUCAGAUUAUCGAUAUAUAUCUCAACCUCAACUCGGAUACUUUUGUGAAGGCGGUUUCAAGAGAUGAGCGAUCCUACCAAAAGAACUACUUUUCAAGAGCUGCGUCCAUUCUCCUCAAACAUGGUUUGAAGUAUCGGGAUGAUAUAGCUGAGCUAGAACGGUUUGUCAACAGAGUAGAAAUUUCCAGACAAGAAGAACAUGAAGAAGAGGACGAACUCGGCGACAUUCCAGACGAGUUUAUAGAUCCCAUCUUAUCGCAUCUCAUGGAAGAUCCCGUUGUGCUUCCAACUUCCAAUAUGAUUGUUGAUCGCAGCACCAUAAGAGCACAUCUGUUGGGUGACAAGAGGGACCCCUUCAGCCGUGCACCUCUUUCAAUGGAUAUGAUCAAACCAGCUACUGAUUUAAAGGAACAGAUCAUGGAGUGGAGAAAGCAGCGAAAGAUUUCAAGCCAAGGAAAGCUUGAUAUUAUGGAUACUACACCGUAGAUAAAAAUUCUGGAAUAAAAAAGAUUGAGACUAAUUAAAUA